AUGAAGCAAAUCUACAAGGAAGAGGAGCUCGUCAUCCCGUACGUUGCGUCUCGUUGGACUCGGCUUGGAAGGACCACGGCACUGAUCUUGGCUUGAUGCGACCGUUCAACAGCGAGGGAGUCAAGGUCGCCAUCAAGGCCCGAAUCAUCACCGUCACCGGCCCCCGAGGAACACUCCAAAAGGUCAGUACCACCCGUAAUCGGCGUUCGAGACUUGGGAGCUGACGCAUGUGUCCACCUCUUGUCAUCCUCCGCUGGACCUACGCUCGCACCCGCGUACGCCAACUCACCUCGCCUACACCGACUCGAACGAAACAGAACUUGCAACAUAUUGAUAUGUCGAUGCGAGUGACCGCCCCCUCCGAAAGGGCCGUCAAGCCCCAGCACAAGGUCAAGCUGGUCGUCUGGCACGGUGGGCGCAAGCACGUCGCUUGCCUGCGAACGGUCCGAUCCGCGAUCGAGAACAUGAUCCAGGGUGUCCGCUACGGCUUCCUGUACAAGAUGCGCCUCGUGUACGCCCAUUUCCCCAUCAACGCCAUCAUCAGCGACGACAAGACCUCGGUCGAGAUCCGCAACUUCCUCGGAGAGAAGGUCGGUCUUUCCGCGAAACAUAGCUUUCACCGCUCGCGGCACAGCCACUGAUUCGCUUUAUGCGCCUGCACAGAUUGCCCGCAACAUUUCCAUGCUCGAAGGUGUGACGAUCGAGGAGUCGAAGAACGUCAAGGACGAGCUGCUCUUGGCCGGUAACGACAUUGACAAGGUCUCGCAAUCCGCCGCGGCCAUCCACGGCUCGUGCCUCGUCAAGAACAAGGAUAUCCGGAAGUUCUUGGACGGCAUCUACGUGAGCGAAAAGACGUCGGUCGUUCAACCGGAGGAAUAA